CAUGCAUUGGAAUUACAGCUCGAAAAGUGUCCAGCACGGGUUUGCUUCUUCCACUCUCGUGCCUGGGCUGAAGCAGGCUCAAGUAUUGAACCCUCGAGUCCCACCUCAUGAUGACUGUCUCUUAUCUUUCCACAUUCAACGCUUCCUUCUCACUGGUCUUUCCUCUUCGAGUGUCCGCCGCUUCCUGUUGAACCUGAUAAGAACUCCACCGAGCUUGACCAAUGUCGCGCUCCAACUCAUGCCCUUCACGCUCACCUUCAACCUCUUCUUAUCGCCACAGCUCCUCCAAUUCUCCAUUAUUCGUUAACCUAACCCACAACUCUUCUCAACUUUUCAACUUCACAAUUAUCUCACUACACCCAGCAGACGUGGCGAAUAUCGAUAAUACAGAAGAGGUAGUCUUCCUUCAAGUCGCACCGGGCGGCACCCCUGUUUACUACCUCGUUCUUAUUACUUCCGCUCGAGUUUCUCUGCCGUCCACCCAAUCACGCUCCUCAUCCCGACUGCAACCUUCCCCUUACCCUCGACUGCUAAGCCAGCCCCAACGAGCUCUCCCCGCCGAUCCUUCCGUGAGACCUCGGCCUCAGACCUGCCGUCCGUCCAAUUCACGCCCUCGAGGUGCCCCGCCUCCUUUCUUCGCCGACACCUCUCCGCCUAGCUACCAGGAGAAAGACCCCUAUCGUCACCACUGGCAACGAGGUCUUGCCCGAACUCGGAAACAGGUUCUGGACUUCUGGAACCUUGUUUGGCGUAUCUUGAAAAGAAUCGCAAACGACGGCCUGGAGAUUCUACAGUUGCUGUUUUGUGCGCCGUAUAUGGUCAACAGAGAACGGUACAUGGUGAUUUAGGGGCCGAAUCAAGAUUCAGACACAUUCACUAGAGUCCAAGGGUUGGCGGUGACAGGGCCGAACAAACUAACGCUCUGGUCUACGGCCGAGGGUCUCACGAAGCGGACUCGUGAAUUCUUUCUAUUUCAGCCAAUUCGGCUAUCCCCGCUUUCUCAUCGCGUUUCUUAAGACCUUCUCAAUCUUCUGUAUGCGU